CUUCUCUCCCAGGAAACUAUGCCCCAGACGUCCGUCGUCUUCUCCAGCAUACUUGGGCCCAGCUGUAGUGGACAGGUGCUGCCCGGCAUGGGGGAGCGAGGAAGUGGGGCCAGCAGCUCCGGGGACCUCGUCUUCCAAGAGGGACGCCUCAUCUCUGGGUCCCUAGAAGCUUUGAUGGAGCACCUGGUCCCCACAGUGGACUAUUACCCGGAUAGGACAUACAUCUUUACAUUUCUCUUGAGCUCCCGGGUCUUCAUCCCCCCUCAUGACCUGCUGGCCCGCGUGGGGCAGAUCUGCCUGGAGCAGAGGCAGCAGCUGGAGACCGGGUCUGAGAAGACCAAGCUGAAGUCCUUCUCAGCCAAGAUUGUGCAGCUGUUAAAGGAGUGGACAGAAGCCUUCCCCUACGACUUCCAGGAUGAGAAGGCCAUGGCUGAACUGAAGGCCAUUACCCACCGGGUCACGCAGUGUGAUGAGGAGAAUGGCACAGUGAAGAAGGCCAUUGCCCAAAUGACACAGAGCCUGCUGCUGUCGCUGGCUGCCUGGAGCCAGCUUCAGGAGCUGCGGGACAAGCUUCGUUCACCGGCGAUGGACAAAGGGUCUGUCCUCAAGACUAAGCCGCCAGCCACUCAGAAGGACAUCCUGGGCGUGUGCUGCGACCCCCUGGUGCUGGCCCAGCAGCUGACUCAUAUCGAGCUGGAGAGGGUCAGCAGCAUUCACCCUGAGGACCUGAUGCAGAUCGUCAGCCACAUGGACUCUCGGGACAAGCACCGGUGCCGAGGGGACCUGACCAAGACCUAUAGCCUGGAGGCCUAUGACAACUGGUUCAACUGCCUUAGCAUGCUAGUGGCCACCGAGGUGUGCCGGGUGGUGAAGAAGAAGCACCGGACCCGCAUGCUAGAGUUCUUUAUUGAUGUGGCCCGGGAGUGCUUCAACAUCGGGAAUUUCAACUCCAUGAUGGCCAUCAUCUCUGGCAUGAACCUCAGUCCUGUGGCGAGGCUGAAGAAAACGUGGUCCAAAGUCAAGACGGCCAAGUUUGACGUCUUGGAGCACCACAUGGACCCAUCCAGCAACUUCUGCAACUACCGCACUGCCCUGCAGGGGGCCACUCAAAGGUCCCAGAUGGCCAACAGCAGCAGAGAGAAGAUUGUUAUCCCUGUAUUCAACCUUUUCGUUAAGGACAUUUACUUCCUGCACAAAAUCCAUACCAAUCACUUGCCCAACGGGCAUGUUAACUUUAAGAAAUUUUGGGAAAUCUCCAGACAGAUCCAUGAGUUCAUGACAUGGACUCAGGUAGAGUGUCCCUUCGAGAAGGACAAGAAGAUUCAGAACUACCUGCUCACGGCACCCAUCUACAGCGAGGAAGCUCUCUUCAUCGCCUCCUUUGAAAGUGAAGGUCCUGAAAACCACAUGGAGAAGGAUAGCUGGAAGACUCUCAGGACGACUCUCCUUAACAGAGCCUGA